ACCAGCUGUAGUAGUAGUCGUCGUAGUACGAUGGAUGGUGAGCGUGGGGACUGCGACAGUUCAGCCCCUCCUUGGACGAAUACGCAGAUGACCCUGACGACGAUGAGGAUGAUGGUGGUGGUGUUCCCUCAACUCAACUCAACGAUGCCUGUAGGAUGAAGUGACGGCGACGGUGCUGCUGGUCUUCUCUUUGAAUCCCCAGUCUCCUGGGACACAGUUGUCAACCGCGCUCUGUUUCUAUUUCAGGAAUCUGCCUUUUGCAUGCUGUCGAUCUCUACCUCUCUCCUCUCAUCACUCUUGGCCAGGCUUGUCGCUCUUUCUUUAUCAGAUUCACCCUCCCCCAAAUGUGGGGUGUUUGGUUUGUGAACUGGUGGGCGUUCCUUUUGUGGAAGGAACUGUUUUCAGGCUUAACACGAAUCUGGAAAAGAGCCGAUUUGGUGAUGCAUCCGAGAAAGUAUGCUCGGGGCUUUAUUUUUAAGAGCCAACUUCCGCCCUUGCACAGUAGGUUGUGUACAGUCGGCCCCCUUGGCUCCGUUUGGAGGUUGCACACGUCGAGUGAGGCCCUCAUUCUUGCUCCGUAGUUUAUAGAAUUGUUAGGUGUAGAUGGAAUUGGAUGUGAGCGUUGGAAUCCAGUCUCGCCGUCGGAGCAAUCGUGUUUCAGAUUGGAGCAGCAGUAAUCGGAAACAAAGCUAAUUAAUCAACUGCAUGCUGCUGCGCAGCGGGAUUUUUACGCUUGCACUUCUAUCCACUCUUGAAAAAGACAACAUCUAUCCGGGUCUACACUUUGAAUUCACCUAGUGUCAUUCAUGUUCGCCAUAUGCGAACCGCCUCUGGAUAGAACGCAGGCCCUCUUGCCGCUGUGGUAGUGGCUUUUUCUGCCCAGGGUUGUCCUUCCAUUUCUCUGUGCACUCUGAUCAUGGAUCCAGAGUCCAGAAUUCCUCAGUAUACACAGAAGGCCUCCCUGGCAGCGAUAAUCACGCUCGCAUACCAAAGCUUCGGGGUGGUGUACGGAGACCUCAGCGUCUCCUCUCUUUACGUCUUCCGUGCCACGUUCAGUGAUCUCCAGCGCGCUGACGACUUGGAGUUGUACGAGGUUUAUGGCGUCGUGAGCUUUAUCUUUUGGACACUUACUUUGAUUCCUGUCAUCAAAUACUCGUUUCUAGUCCUAAAUGCGGACGACAAUGGAGAAGGGGGAACGUUUGCGCUGUAUGCCUUGCUAUGCCGACAUCUCAAGCUGAGCCUUAUUUUAAACCAGCAAGCAGCGGAUGAGAAGCUCUCACUGUACAAGUUAGAGCAUGAACAAACAGCGGAGUCACCACGUGGGGUGUACUUUCGGCGUCUGCUUGAGAAGCACAAGUCUCUCCAGACUGGGCUCCUGAUUGUUGUUUUGCUGGGUACUUGUAUGGUCAUUGGCGAUGGCGCACUCACACCAGCUCUCUCAGUUUUAUCAGCCAUAGAUGGAAUUCGGGUUGCUGCUCCCAGCCUUCACAAAGAUGUGACGGUAGUCUUAUCCUGUACUAUUUUGGUGCUUCUCUUCGGGCUGCAGCACAUAGGCACACGUCGGGUGUCAUUUUUGUUUGCACCCAUAAUACUGGCGUGGCUUUUCUGCAACGCCGGUGUGGGCUUGUACAACUUGAUAGUAUGGAAUCCGAGCAUAUGGCGAGCGAUCUCACCUUACUAUAUAUAUUACUUUUUCAAGACAGAUGGCAAAGAGGGCUGGAUUUCUCUUGGUGGUGUACUUCUAUGUAUCACAGGGGCGGAGGCGAUGUAUGCGGACCUGGGCCACUUUUCGCGAACUUCAAUUAAGCUUGCGUUUACAGGAGUGGUGUACCCUUCCUUGUUGAUUGGAUACAUAGGGCAGGCCGCCUAUCUCUCCAAGCAUCUUGAUGAAUAUGAACAUGCAUUCUUCAGAUCCGUUCCAGCGCCCGCCUUCUGGCCUGUGUUCAUCAUAGCCACGUUAGCUUCGAUUGUGGGAAGCCAAGCAGUCAUAUCCGCAACAUUUUCCAUCAUAAACCAGUGCAUGGCAUUGGGGUGCUUCCCUCGCGUGAAAGUGGUGCAUACCUCCAAUAAUAUUCAUGGUCAGAUCUACAUUCCAGAGAUUAACUGGAUGCUGCUGCUCCUUUGCCUGGCCCUCACUAUCGGUUUCCAGGAUGUCAUUGACAUCGGAAAUGCAUACGGGAUCGCCGUGAUCACAGUGAUGCUAGUGACGACCUGUCUGAUGACUCUGGUCAUCCUAAUAGUGUGGCAACUCAACAUCUUUCUCGCCUUCUGCUUUUUCGCAGUGUUUGGCUCCGUAGAACUUCUCUACCUCUCGACUGCCUACUACAAAGUUCCUCAGGGAGGUUGGGUGCCGCUCUUAAUUGCCGCAGUCUAUAUGGCGAUAAUGUACGUGUGGCACUAUGGCACCACGAAGAAGUACGAAAAUGAUUUUCAAAACAAGGUGUCAAUGAGAUGGUUGCUAGAGCUCGGUCCAAGGCUCGGAAUCGUGCGUGUGCCGGGCAUUGGAUUGAUUUACACCGAUCUUGUGAGUGGCGUGCCGGCCAUUUUCUCACAUUUCGUCGCCAACUUGCCCGCCUUCCACGAAGUCUUGGUUUUUGUUUGUAUGAAAUCUGCACCAGUACCGUAUGUUUCUCCCCAUGAACGCUACUUGGUUGGCCGCAUUGGCCCCAAGGAUUACCACAUGUAUAGAUGUGUGGUGCGAUAUGGUUACAAAGAGGUACGCGGAGACGAGAAUGAUUUCGAGACCCAGUUGGUAGCGAAUCUAGCAGAAUUCAUCCAAACGGAAGAAGCUAUAUCCAGCAACGAAGAGUCCUUUGAAGGCCACAUGACUGUGAUGGGUACUACCCUUGGGUUGCUCCUCAACCCCCCUAGAAAGGACGACAUUCAACUUCCCAGAAUGUCCGAGGAGAGUUGUACUUCAAUAGUUAUGUCUAACAGUGGAGAUAGUCUCCAGCCUACAGAUUGGUUGACAACACCACCAGGUGUGAUUCUCAAGAGGCGAGUGCGUUUUGAUAUCCCAAUGAGCGAGAGCACUGACGACGUGGAUUCGGAAGUUUGCAAGGAGCUCGCGGUUUUGUCAACCGCCAAGGACGCCGGAAUUGCGUACAUGAUGAGCCACUCUUAUGUGAAGGCCAAGAAAUCUUCUUCUCUUUUAAAGAGAUUCACUAUAAAUUAUGCAUACACAUUUUUGCGGAAGAAUAGUCGAGACCCUGCUAUUGUUUUUAAUAUUCCUCACGCCAGCUUGAUUGAAGUGGGCAUGUUUUACUAUGUGUAGAAUAAUUUAUCUAUUCUAGUUGUAUAGUCACAACUGAUCUGGAGGUAACAAGUUAGUGAGAGCUUCCACUCAUUCUGGUGGCUAAGGUUUUUGUUUUCCCUUUUUCUUUUUUUCUUUUUUUCCGGAGGAGUGUAACAUAGUUUACUCUAGUGUGCAUGUGUGAGUGUUCUAGAGAGUUUUUUGCUCGUAACUUCCUCUGUAUGUUCCAUUAUACCACGCCUUAAUUUAAUUUAAUUUUUUUCCUCCUUGGAGGUUUUGUACA